AAGUAUACAUUUGCUUGUCUUUAAUAAUGGUCAAUAUUUGUAGAAUCGAAUCCAGCUGUCAGCAUUGACUCUGAACAGGCCCAUAAUUUUCUGGCCCUUUCUCGUGUGAGGAGAGAGGCUGAUCCAAACUGGCAUCGCAAAAAUCCAGACUUCCAGUCAUACUAUCGCUACUAUAGCAGUAUUGGACACACCGAAGGGCUCUAUGAGAUAGACAGAAUAAGAAUGCUGUACCAGCAGAUGCGUCAUUUGGAGAUCACCUAUGGCCACGAUGCAUCCGAAUAUCAGAAUGCCCUUGGCUUAAAACUUAAGCCCACCUCUGCGCCCACCACACAGCCUCCACCCCCCACCUUGCCACCUUUAUCCAAGGUGGAUGUGAUAUAUUUGUGUAAUGUACAGGACCCCCUGUGCAAACCACGGCUUGUGUACCUGCCCACCGGAGCAGUCCCUGUGCUUUGUGAUCCACGUUAUCACCCAAACUGUCAUUUGAGCUCUGUUCAGGACAAUUCUCCACCUGUAACUUCAGAGUCUGUGGCGUCAGCACCUUCCGUCCCGGAAAAACCUACUUCACCACCUGCUCCUCCUUCUCCAAUGAUUACCAAAGAAACGGAGUACGACUGUGAUCCCUACUGGGACCCUGACUGCCUGAUCGACCACCCACCUAGACAAGUAAAGCCGAUUCAACCACCAGAGCUUCACAACAGUGCUGAGAAAAAGAAGUUAAAGGAACCAGGAAACAAUGUCGUCUUUAAUGCUCCAUUUCCCAACUAUGACCCGUAUGAUUUUAAUCAAGAUUUAUAUGAUCCUUUCCAUCAUGCUGCCCCUGAGUAAACAAAGCAAUUUCAUUUUGAGUGAAAUCAUUUCUGUCUAUAAAGCACAUUUU